CGCUCCAUCACCAAGUCGCGAGACUUCACUUCAGGUUGAUCGACUAUCGAGGAGUAUAUCAGUGCGUGAUGAUCAGCCGGAGCUAUCUCGUCAAAAGUGGAAUUCUAGAGGGUGACUAACGUCCCAGUUCAUUACGUAGUCUUCAGCGAAAGCAGGGUAAAUGGCAGAUGACAUAGCAUUUGAACCAAUUUUUGGGAAAAUUGACUCUAUGCUUCAGUUUGGCUGGACACAGUGCCUGAUUCACGUUAGGAAUGGAGAUGUUGCCAGAGUUCAAAAAAUGAUUUCAGAGGGAUACACUCCCAAUGACUGCAACAGUUAUGGACUAAGUUCUUUGACGGUGUCAGUGAUCAGUAAGAAUGAGCGUAUGGUCGAGACAAUUUUGAACACAGAAAGCUUCACUUAUGAUAGAUUAGCUAGUGAAUUGAUAGACCCUGUAAGUUUGGCAAGCUUGCUAGGGCUGCAAGGAAUUGUCCUAAUAUUACUGGAUAAAUUUCCCAACCUCGUGAACAAUAAGAACACGACCUGUGGAUACACACCGAUUUUUUUUGCUGCAAUCAAGAGACACUACAGAAUUGUUCAAAUCCUGAUAGCAAGAGGUGCUAACUUGAGCAUUCGAAACACAGCCAACCACACACUUCUGGAAGUUGCCAUGAUGAUGAACGACGCAGAGUUGGUAGCUUUCCUUAGUGCUAAGUCAGGGGUCGAUGACUUACGGAAGCCGAGGUGCCACCCCCGUUUGUACACUCCCCCGCGUUGUCUAAAGCAGGUCGGAGUGUCACCCCCGUCACCAGCAAAGCCAUAUUCAAAACCUGAUAAGAGGAAAUUAGCCAGCCCAGUAUCCACGCCAAAAAGUCGACCGCUGCGUCAGAUAAAUAAUCAAAACCUUCCAAACAGGAACAUCACUCUUCAAAACAACUCUUUCGAACCGAAUGACCAGUUUUCAGACAUCUCCUUUUCCGACUCUUCAAGUUUUUUCUCCAACGAUUUCGUACCACUUGCAAAAUCUUCUCUUGCCUUCAGAAACUCUUCUUCAUCGAACAUUCCCUCCUUCAAUUUCAACAAUUCCAGUUUCUGUGCCUCUCCUAAGCUCCAAUCUGCAAUGCUGUCUUCACCAUAUUCUUUCCAAAAGAUGCCCUGUCCAUCACCCAGACUUCCAUUACCAAACUGCACCUAUUAUCACUAUUCAGUAUCCGACGUUCCAACGCUAACAACAUCUCCAGCAACUCCAUACUUGUCGUCACCAGACUGCUCCUAUUUUCACUUUUCAUCGCCGACACCUCUCCAGAACCAUACGCUUCCACAUACUCCACUUACCACUCCUAAAAAUUUCUUGCAUCCCACUAAGAGCUUCGCACCCUCCCAAACACCAGUCUCAACCCCAAAAUUUGGUCAAUCCUUGAUGGUUCCUCAACUCCUCAACACACCUCAGACACACCAUCGUAAAUUUUUACACCCUCAAAAGCUGACGUUUCAACAGCCUAGGUCUUUUAUCGCCUCAUACGUGACUCCGCUACGAACUAGGAACAAGAAGGUGCCAUUGAGGACUAAACUGCUGGAUAAACUGUACAGAAGAGAGAAGUUGAUAAAAAAUGAUGAAAAUCAAAAUUUGGCACCAAUAUGUGCUGAUGAUCUCAAGAGUGUUCUGGAGUAUUUGGGACUUGAAAAAUACUAUAAACUUUUUGAGUUGAAUCAGGUAGAGCCAGAAAUUUUGAGUACUUUCACUGACGUCGAUUUGGAAACGAUGGGAAUUGAGGACAAGAAGACUCGCAAGACUAUUUUGAAAAAAAUCAGGAAAGGUUUGCUUGAUGCAAACACAUGACUUUUUCAGUGUUUCGGUUCUAGCUAUUAAGAUUUUCUUCAAGUUUUAGGCGUUUAUCAGUUAAUUUUUGCGCAUGUUUUCUACUUGAAAUGCAUGACUGCUUAAGAUUAACAUCUUCUGUAUUGGCUUUUUAGAUUUACUUUUAGUUUAGGGCUUUUAUUAGUUUAAUUACCGCACGUUUUCACAAGUUUAAAUUCAUGACUGCUUAGCAUUAAGAUCUACAUACUUUUCAGUUGAGUUUUAGCAUUUUAGACUUACUUUGAAUUUAGAUUUUAUAAGUUUUAAUACCAAAUGCAUUUUCUUUGUAAAAAUUUGGACCAGUUAUAUUUGAUGGACAUUAAGAACUGAUUUUUGACAACUUUUAUCUAUUAAUAUAACUUUGAAUGGCACAGUGCGUUCUCAUUUGACAGUUUUAAAAGUUUCUGCAUUUAUCUUUACUUUUUCAAAUUUGCAACACUAUAAGACAAAAGCUUGAUUAUUUUCAACAACUCGCAGAUUUACUGUUUCUUAGUUACAAGUUCACAACUAUUCAUUACUUCUAGAUUUUGUAUUUUUAAUGUUUUAUAUGAUUAUCAUUAUUAACACCAAUAUGCCAUCAAUAAAGUUCAUUCAAUUUAGAUCCCUACUUAA